GUAUUAUUACGAUUAAAUUGUAAAUAUUUAAUAUUAUAUUGACUAUUAUAAUAUUAUAAUAGCCAGUUGUUUAAUUCUCAAGUCCGCAAUGCGGUUACCGUCCUAGAGUUGCGUUUAUAGUUGGCGAUCGAGAUUAGACUCAUCGGAGGUUCAAGACAAGAGAAGAGGACGUGCUUAUGAGACAUAGAUAAUUCGUUUUACAAUUAGUUAUUAAUAUCAAUGAUGUUUUAAAUCGCAAUAUUAGUUUUAUUGUUCAUUUAUCAUUUCUUCAAACGUCGCUGUCGCAUAGAAGGCUCGGAGGAAUAAUAUUGUUAAAUAAUAUAUAAUAUAUUUUAUGGCCAAUAGUAUGAAUAAAUUUUUGUACUUUGCGUACGGGAGCAACAUGCUUGCACAGCGGAUUCAUAUUCAAAAUCCAUCUGCUGUAAGAAUUGGAACUGGCAAACUGAAUGCAUUUCGUUUAGAUUUUAAUGGAUUUUCACAUUUUUGGGACGGAUGUCCAUCAACAGUGGUUCCGGACCCUGAGGAGCAUGUCUGGGGUGUAUUGUGGCAACUGAAUACAAGUGAUUUGAGCAAUCUAGAUCGUCAAGAAGGUGUCGAGAAAAAAAUCUAUGUACCUUUUGAGGUAAACAUUGUGACACCAAAUGGUGAAAAUGUAUUAAGCCGCUGUUACAUGCUAGUCAAUCAGCCUGUUAAACAAAUACCAUUGCCACUUGAAAGAAGACCGUCUAAAGCAUAUCUAGAAACUAUCUUGCUAGGGGCAAAUGAAAGUGGUUUACCAUUGGACUAUUUACAAUUUCUUAAUGAAAUACUUGAUAAUGGCAAUGAUGGUCCACAAAUGCCGUGGUCAAAGCGUGAACCUUUAAAAACUACUGAAUUGUAACUGAGUACUUGUCUUGUUUAAAAUGUGUUAUAAAUUAUCUCUUAAAUAUUUUGUAAAGAAAAACUUUAGGUGUACAAAUCUGAAUAAUCUAUAAUAUUCAAUACUGUAAAAAAAUAUGUAAGGAGGUAAAGGGACAUUGAUUAAAUCAGUUUUCAUACAGACAAUAUUGUUGGUGAUUGUAUACUUAAUAAUUAAUAUAGUUAAAAUAUAACGAG